CCGUGGCGGCUGAUAUGGCAGGAUUGGAUCGGGCACAGGAUGUUCGGCUGGCUGAGCGACUGGAUAUGGCUCAAGGAGGAUAGAUGUUCCGGUAAACGUGGUUCAGAAGUCUUCGUGGAGGCGGAUUAUUGUAGGUAAUGUUGCUGUCAUUGUACUUUAUAUCGUGAGGUAGGUGUCUCUUUUCAUACAAUGUGAACGUUUGAACGCCAACCCGACAUAGCAUUAGGAGUGAUAUGAGUCUGGAUUCUUCCGUCACUAUUCAUAUCAGAGCUAUCCUGUUGAAAGUGUGGUCGUAUGCGUGGUAGUAGCAUGAAAGAUCAAAAUCGUACCAACAUUUCGGUAACCCGGGCCAACUACGGCCCGAAUGUGACGACGCGAUUUCGAACCUCUCCUUGACCAGAAAUGGUGCGAUGCGUCCACUCACUCAGACCGUCUUUUGUUUCGCCAGCAUGUUGUCGGCAUAUGCUACUAGGCAAAGUACCUUUAGCUCCGAAUCCAAAUGGACUGUUGAGGUCUCAAAGCAUUGGGAUGUCCUAGGUCCUUUCCCAAUACAAGCUAGAGAACAACAAUUUAUCUCGCCUUCUUUCCCUUUGAAUUUAUCAGAGCCAAUUAACUUUGCCAAGACUUGGCCAUCCUCUUAUGCAGAUGGCGGAAGGGUUGCAUGGAGUUCUGUAGUUCUCAAAGAUGCUGGCGACAUUGAAAUAUCGUUUCCAGACAUAAGAUGGGAAUCCCUUCGCGCAACAGAGGGAUGGGCUGCAUUGCAACAUCACGCUGUGCUUCGCUCUACGCUCACAGUCCACCCUCCAAUAAAUCCUUCAAAGUCGACCCCUGUUCCACACCUGCUCGUACAGCUCAUUCAAGGGUCCUAUUUUACAAUUCUUCCCAAGAACGGAAGAAGAGAACCUCAAUGGUACUCUGGGAACAUCUAUGCAAUGGAACGAUCUCUACCACAGCAAGCUCCUCUGCCUACAACCCCGUCGAACGAUUCUGUAACCCAUUAUGACAUCUUCAUAAGCGGGGAUUAUGAGAUCAGAUUGUUCGGAGACCCACAUACUCAAGAUCGUGAAAUUCCUGUCCAAAGCAUCAGUCUUUCCGUGAAAUUUGAUGACGCUCUCGGCAGUGUAAUUCGAGAGACUACACAAGACGUCAUUUGUGAUUUCGUAGAUAACUUCGCCUUUGGAAACGCCAUUGGCAUCGGGUUGCGAAGCGUUGAUGGUUGGUGGACUGUUACAGAUGUGUCAACAGAUUCCUCCUCGGGCUUGACUUUGACUCUUGUUCGACCUACUCGAAUAGCCGAAGGACAAACUCGUAUUGUCCCAGUCCAAAUAACCCAGACGCGACCUUUCAACCGGGCAUCCAUUGACCUGAAGCUCACAUUGACAUCAGGUGCCUCUGAGACCAUAGUAACAAUCGAGUCCCUACCAGUGAAUCAACUCUCUGGUUGGAUGGAGUCGGUGUAUUCACCCAUCAAAGGGUCUUAUUUCUAUGCUAGAUCGAUGCCAACUGUUUUUACUGCGUUGCCGCCCAGGUAUUCUGGACCUCCAAAGCCUCCUAUAUUGGCCCUUCAUGGUGCUGGCGUUGACAUUGUGGAUCAGUCGUUCUGGGCUGACGCUUUGCCUCGGAACUCGUAUUCCUGGUUUGUCAUUCCGACGGGAAGGACGUCGUGGGGACUUGAUUGGCACGGACCUAGUAUCAAAGACACUUGGGCGUCUCUUGACGCCCUGGUCGCAAUUUUGGCAGCUAAUAAGGCAUGGCUUCCCUGGAAACUCGAGCCGAAUAUCCCUGCUAUCAUACUGGGACACUCUAAUGGAGGCCAGGGUGCUUGGUACAUUGCAUCGAGGUAUCCUGAUAGGGUUCUUGGAGUUAUUCCGGCUGCGGCAUACAUCAAAUCUCAGUCCUACGUCCCUCUGACGCUCUCGAGAUCUGCCCGAUUUAUUGAUCCCAUCCUUCUCUCUGUAUUGGAAACAUCCUUAACACCCGAUAACAAUGAUUUAUUCUUGACGAACUUGGUUGACACUCCUGUUCUUGCGAUUCACGGAGGAAAUGACAACAAUGUUCCUGUUUGGCAUAGUAGAGAAGCAGGUCUGACCCCCCUUUGACAAAAAUACGACUUGGGUUCUGCGAGACAUGGACGUCUAUUAUGAAGUGGUUUGUGAGUAUAUCAAAAACCUCUGCCGAGCAAGUGAAUUACUUUUAUUGUCGAGAUCACUGUAACAAGGUUAGAGUACUUAUUGGCGGUUCACUAUAAUCACUAUCACUUAGGGGGAAAGCCUGAGUACGCAGCCGGCUUGAAAUCGGCAUGCUGAGUAAGCCCAACAGCGACCAUAAUUUGUAACAACACCGUGCGUCAUCGUUCGAAGCAACACUCUAUGGCGCUUAAACGAACUCUGGCAACGAGAGGAUACUGACUUUCGAAUGGUUACGGUGCGGUCAGACC